AUGGAGCCUGAGAUCGGUGGUGGUGGAAGAGCGGUCCCCUUGCUCCCCGACAAGAGUGGGGUGCUGGAGACAGACCCCUGCAGGCUGCUUCCUGAAGGGAGAGACAGGAAGGCUGGGGAGCCCUUCCCAACCUCUGCCCAGGGGAGUGGGCCCUGGGGGCGGGUGUCGCCCUGCUGGUGGCUGUCUCAUGAGUGCCCCUCCUGUCUCUCCGCAGCCGAUAUCAUCUCUACUGUUGAGUUCAACCACACCGGGGAGCUGCUGGCCACAGGCGACAAGGGCGGCCGGGUUGUCAUCUUCCAGCGGGAACCAGAGAGCAAAAAUGCACCUCACAGCCAGGGCGAAUACGAUGUCUACAGCACCUUCCAGAGCCACGAGCCGGAGUUCGACUAUCUCAAGAGCCUGGAGAUAGAGGAGAAGAUCAACAAGAUCAAAUGGCUCCCGCAGCAGAAUGCAGCCCACUCACUGCUGUCCACCAACGAUAAAACCAUCAAGUUAUGGAAGAUCACCGAGCGGGAUAAGAGGCCCGAGGGCUACAACCUGAAGGACGAGGAGGGCAAGCUGAAGGACCUGUCCACGGUGACGUCGCUGCAGGUGCCGGUGCUGAAGCCCAUGGACCUGAUGGUGGAGGUGAGCCCACGGAGGAUCUUUGCCAAUGGCCACACUUACCACAUCAACUCCAUCUCCGUCAACAGUGACUGCGAGACCUACAUGUCGGCCGACGACCUGCGCAUCAACCUCUGGCACCUGGCCGUCACCGACAGGAGCUUCAACAUCGUGGACAUCAAGCCUGCCAACAUGGAGGACCUCACGGAGGUGAUCACCGCGUCCGAGUUCCACCCCCACCACUGCAACCUCUUCGUCUACAGCAGCAGCAAGGGCUCCCUGCGGCUGUGCGACAUGCGGGCGGCCGCCCUGUGUGAUAAGCACUCCAAGCUCUUUGAGGAGCCCGAGGACCCCAGCAGCCGAUCCUUCUUCUCCGAGAUCAUCUCCUCGGUGUCGGAUGUGAAGUUCAGCCACAGCGGCCGCUACAUGCUUACGCGGGACUACCUCACGGUCAAGGUCUGGGACCUGAACAUGGAGGCGAGGCCCAUAGAGACCUACCAGGUGCACGAUUACCUGCGCAGCAAGCUCUGCUCCCUCUAUGAGAACGACUGCAUCUUUGACAAGUUUGAGUGCGCCUGGAACGGCAGCGACAGCGUCAUCAUGACCGGGGCUUACAACAACUUCUUCCGCAUGUUCGACCGCAACAGCAAGCGGGACGUGACCCUGGAGGCCUCUCGGGAGAGCAGCAAACCCAGGGCCGUGCUCAAGCCGCGGCGCGUGUGCAUGGGCGGCAAGCGGCGGCGCGAUGACAUCAGCGUGGACAGCUUGGACUUCACCAAGAAGAUCUUGCACACGGCCUGGCACCCGGCCGAGAACAUCAUUGCCAUCGCCGCCACCAACAACCUCUACAUCUUCCAGGACAAGGUCAACUCCGACAUGCACUAGGGCCCCGGCAGCCAGACCUCAGCCGAUCGUGCCCAGUGCGACCUGCAUAGCCACAGCGUGGGAGGUGGUUGUUGUGGGGACGCAGGUCCCGCUCUACCAGCUUCAACUCGCCUUGGACAGCUGCGAUCCCUUUAAAAAGGGAAGAAAGGUCCGCAGGCGCAGGUCAUCGCGGUGAUUCCCGUCUUCACAGUUCAGGGUUUUCAUUCACGCCGCUCCCCGGCUCGAGCUGCGGUCCUUCCCACACUAUUAGUUUUCCACCCGGCCGGUCCUUCCAGGGGAAGCCGGAGCUGGUCCUGAAGGAGGCUCCAGGACAGAGACUGAGGCUUGCAAGGGCCAGCUGGGGGCUUGGACUAAGAGGGCAGAUUGCCCGGCCUCGGGCUGGUCCCGCCUUGGCCUUCUGGGUGGGGAGUUGGCACUGAGAAUCUGAAGAUGUCCCACACCAGGGCAGGUCCCCGAGAGCAAGGGCAGGGCCCUCUGCGCGUGCCUGGCCCCUUGCUCAUUGUCCCCCUUGCUGAGCCGCUGUGGCACGCUGGGCAGGGUGCUCAGCCCGCAGGUGCACGGAUCGGAGUUCUGCAGUCUGGUCCAUGGUAGCUUCGCUGUCCUCCGCCCCCUGGGACGCUGGCUCCUGCCUGUGACUGUCACAUGGGUGUCUGUUCUUUUCCCCCUAAAUACCAGCUGUCCCUGGGUGCAGGCCCUGCACUGGGGAUGGGAUAGAAGUUGAAGAAUUAUUGUCCCCUUCAUACGUGAGAGGAAACCGAGGCUCUGGGUGGAGAUGCUGCUGCCCGAGGCAGGUGUGGGGACGGUCAGGAUCGGGGUGCCAUCCCGCUCUGCGCAGGCGCCAGUGGCUCACAUUGACCUAGGGCUGAAGGGCGGCAUCUCUUCAUGACAAGGGACGACACUGGGAAGAUGGAGGAGCUGCCCGUGUCUGGUGGCGUCAGGAUGCCCCUCUCCAGCGCUGUCACCCCAGGCGGGCACCUGCAGCUCCUUUCCAGCCGUGCUGGACCGCCUCCAAGAGGAAAUGCAUGUUGUGACCGUUUUAGGAUGCUUCCUUCCAGGACCACACGCUCACCUGGGGGACCCUCCCCGCACUCCGACGCUGAGGGCCACAGGGAAUGCCGUCUCCACAGUGAAUCCUGCCGCUGGACCCGCCCCGUGUCCCCUGGCCUGUGGGAUGGCGGCGGAAGCAGGACGCUUGGGCCUGGGCUCUGAGAGCAGAGUGCAGGCCAGGCCCGGCAGGCCAAGUCUCUGUCUUCAUUUUGUACCCCAUGGACCAUCACCCAGGAAACGGCCCGCCUGAGGUGUCCUCGGUGGGCUCCCGGGGACUUGUGUGUGUGUAAAAGCACAAAACGCAUGUGCACUCACUCCUGGCCAUAUUAUAUUUACACACAAAUGGAUCCAUUGAGUUUUUCUUUUUAAUCAACGUGAAUGAAGAAUGUCUUUAUAAUAGCACUGUAAAAUCCAGGCGGCCUGGACAGUAUUAUAUGUACAUAUCUACCUUAAUUAAAUUUAACAAUCACAAGAUCGGGUGACUGUAUUCCCCCUUGUAAAGACGCUUGAGGAUGUGGAAAAUUGUACAGAAAUCCCGCUGAAGCCAAAAUCCAGCUCUGAGGGCCUGAGGCACUUGCUGGGGUCUUGGGUACCAGCCGUCUCCCUUCGUGAUGCCGACGUGGAGAGGAAACUUGGGACUGGAGGUGCAAGUUCCAUAGAAUCAUAGGUUUAACAUUCACCAUCUUCAAAGUGCGGAUCCUACAGUCUUCAAAAGGGGUCUUAACACGGUUCCUACUUCCUGACUCUGUUUUAAACUUUGGGUACCAAACCAAAAAGGGGGUGGGGAGCAAACGAAAGCUGGGGACAGAUCUCAGAAGAAGAGUGUGUCUUUGGCUCCCUGGAAGAUAUCCGGGUCCAGCGCAGGCCGUGAAUAGUGAAUUCUGGGGUGAGGAAAAGAUGUUCGUGGGGAGGGGCGAAACUAGGAAUGUGGGGGACCCUUCGGCAGCCAUAGGUUCGUAUCCUUCCCUGCUUCCUCCUCUGGUCUUCUUGGGGCGUCCGCAUUGCUGUGGGGUUUUAGUUCUUCCCCUUGGGCUGUUCUCCGAGGAAGGAGCCCUGGGCGGGAAGGGAAGGGUUUGGAUUCUGUAACUCCUAGGUGCAUUCUUUUUUCUUGGGUGUCUCACGGAUUAUCCAACUGUUGAAUAAAAUUAUAAAUAUGUUAAUACCAGCUUUUUCCAAUAAAAUAACAAAUGUUACAUCUAA